ACUCUAUCCGAUCGUCGUCCCCGAACAACGUCCCUCGUGCAACGAACGCGCGAAAAAUCGGCGCAUCCAAAAAUGCGUCACGUGCAACGUCCCAUCUGACCCGUCUGACCUCGUCGUCUCGCUAUCGCGCGCGAAUUCUGUGAUCUCGUGCGAAUCUUUUCUCUUUUCUUUUUAUCCUUUUCUCUCGGAGUGCCGCGUAGAAUUGAAUAUCAAGUCCGUGAACUUUUACCUCGGUCGUUUCGAAAUUUCGAUCGAAGAGUGUCGCUCUCGUCCGUGUUUUCGGCAGGAAAUCGCCGCGCCGAUUUAUUUAUUUCUCCGAUUUGCUAAAGUUUCUCUUUGGUUUUAAUUCGCCAUCGGAGAAAGUAUUACGGAUUGCCGGGGCGAAUUGUGCUGUGGUGGCUCGGAAAUGAGACAUAGGAUUAGACACGACUGAGCAGCUGCAAGAAUGGCAAGGACAUUUUUAUUGAGCUUAAUCGUGGCGUUGCUGCUGGUCUUCGCUCUUACCGAAGCUUCUCGCGGACAGACUAAUCAGACGGAUGGGCAGAAAAUAACAAAUCGCGGUACUGCGAGAUACAACUCUAAAUCAACGACGGAAUCGAGUAGUCUUCCUACACCGGAAAUCAGGUUGCCUCGCGAUAAGAGUUCCCAUUCAGAAACAGUUGCCAACUUAGAAAAGCAUGAAACGCAUUUUGCGAGAGAAGGUUCGAUUAGAUCGCGAUCAAAAUUAAAGCAAUCACAAGCGGCAGAUGAUUCCACUACUACAUCACGGACAAGUUCGAGGCAUUUGAAUACUAGUGUCGAUAAUUCACGAAAUCGUCAAAAAUCGCACGCUACACAGGCUGUUAAAGAAGAAAUAACGAGGGACGACAAUAAAGAGAACGCGCCUGAGUCACGAACGCCGAAACGAUUGACAGCUUCCCGAAGGACGUCUUCGGACGAAUCUCUCAUCUGGGUGGACAAUGUAAAGUUGGAUCACGAAGUGUUCACCAAGUCGAAUCAUUUAAGAUCAAGAACAGGAAGAAAGAUUUCUGUGAAUCACGGGAGAGAAUCGAAAAGUGAAAUAAUCCCAAUCAGAAAAUCUCCGGAAAAUGAAAAUGUGGAGAAAGCUAAAAGUCCAAGCAAGGAAUCGGAAAAGGAAGAAGCACGAUUGGAACAUUCAAAGAUCGAGAACGUCACUCCAAAAGCGAACAUAUCAAAGAAAAUAGAUACGAAAAGCACGGACAAUUCUGGCAGUCAUAAAGAUCAAGCAAAAGAUGUUCUGUUGUCGGGUUCCGAGAGUGUAAGAGUGGACGUCCCUCUGACGGAUGGAAAUGAUGAAGACGUCAAUCUUUUAACAUCCGCCACGGCUUCGUCCGUCAGUGUGUCCCCGAGACAAGCUUCAAGGUCGGACAGGGAAAAGGUAGAGAACAACGAUAUCGCAACGAGAUCGAACACAAAGAAAAGUAGACAGUCGAGUCGAUCGAAAUCUCGUAACAGAUCCAAAACAAGGGAUCCUAAUCUCGAGGCCGCAAAUUCCGGAAGUACUUCCCGCCGAGGUUCUUCCAGAUCCAGCAGUACUGUGACUGCGGAGAUGAAUAGACGAUCUUCCAAUUCUAGACACAAAUCUAGCUCGAAGAACGUCAAUUCGAGAGGCCGUUCCACACAUCAGUCGAGAGAUGCGGUCACGGCGGAAGCAAGAAAUAGCGAUAGACAGAGAAAUAUAGACACCGAUUCUGAAACGAAUGCAAAUAGACGAACGGCAAAUACACGACGUAACGACAGACGAACGUCUGAAGGAAAGCGAAGAUCCAAGGAUAGCCGAUCAAAAGCGGAAGUCAAGGUAGACGAGCAAGAUAUCCGGGUGCAAUCCAGAAGUCGGUCACGCGCAGCUACGAGCAACCUUGAUGUUACUACUACUUACGUUCCGAAAGCGACAAUUGCCGAAACUACAACUGUUCCUUCUGUGAACGCCGAGAUUACGACAUCCAGUUCUACAACAACGAUCAGGCCAUCGACAACGAUUCGAACGUCCACUCCGACUGAGCGAGUUUCACGCAAUAGAGGAAGAGAUAGAGGAGAAAGUUCUCGAGCGAUUAAACCCCCGAAGGAAGAUUUUUUUAAUCACGGUCUAGGUUUUCGUGGUCGAAAGACCUCAACAGAGACAUCGUCCUCAAUUGUUACAGAACCAAGGACCACUACGCCUAAAAGCGAAACGCAAUUACGUGGUAAUCCCGGAUGGACUCUCAGACGUCGACCUGGUCACGUCAAUCAAGAUACUCCUUCUUCAACUACAUCUACGCCAAGUAAUCGAGAUCAGACUAAUGAAAUUGUCUUGUCCACUGAUUCACCGAGGAGCACCGAAACACCGUCAACUAAUGCCGGACGAAGAGGCACCAAAAGACCAAAAGUAAAGGAUGAGAGCGAUAUCGCAUCGGGAGUUGCGGCGAAGAGCACGACAAGAGGCAGUAAAACCUUCAAUAAAUCCGAAAACUUUGAUCUACCCAAGGGAACAGAACUCGAGAGCGACAAUUAUCCUCCCGCAUUUCGAGCUAGACUAUCUCAAUUGAAAAAUUCUAACUCGAAACCUACUGAAGGAAAAAGUACAACUAGGACCAGUUUGCAGGCCACAAAACCAAGCUUGACGAGUCUGUUCUCCGAAAGAUCCAAGCUGAAACUGGAGUUAGCCAGAAGAUUAAUCAAACCCGAACUGAAUGUUGACGAGAACGAUUUCGAUGUAACGACAACCGCUUAUUCCAAUAAAUCAAAAGCGAAAGAAGUUUCGACGGUCAGCGAAAGCAGAAACAUAGAGAAAACAACAAAAGCGACCAGCAAGCUCAUUGGUACUCAUGCUACACAUGGAAGUUCGACAAUUGCGAGUGCGCCGAAAGAAAAAUCAACCGUAAGAGGCAGAUGGAAGAUCUUAGAGACUAGAAAAUCAAAAGAUCGAAAUGUCAAAUCUUCACUUAGAUCACCCGCCGGUACGACUAAAAAGAUCCGAGUGACUUCUGAAAGAGCAUCUUCGUUCGUCGAAAAAACAUCGUCGAAGAACGUUACAGAACUUAACGCUAUACCACGGUUAAUUACAGUUUCACAUCGCGGUGCCGUUCCCGUAGAAGGAACGGCUGCCACGGCUGUUGAUACGACAAAAGUCCAAUCCCCGACGAGCACCAUGGCAUCUCGGGACGAAGUGUCAACGUUGACGAAUACGGUGGAAGCUAUAGAGGAAAACACCAUCAUUACAACUGUCGAACCGCUGAAGCCAGAUAAAACAUUCAUUGAAACUAUUACUGCAACAUCAGGUGCUGUCACUGAUGCAUCAACAGAAUCUAAAGUCCUCACGGAAUUCCCUCAAGAAGUUACACUACCACCGACCGUUAUCACAAAUGAUAUUCUUUCGUCGUCUACAUUAUCAACAUUAGAAAAAGUAUAUCCCGUUUAUAUUCCGAAUGCGAACGACUUGUCAAGUGAUAAAGAAAAGACGACAAUCCUAAACGAUUCGAGUAAGGGCAGCGUUCGAUCCCGUUAUCAGUCAAGUCAGGAACAACCGGACAAGGUAACGGUUUCUAUGGUGACAUCGAGAACCGUCGGACCCACUAGUAGGUACAUCCGGAAGAAAUCCGGUGUUUUCACGCCAUACGACUCCAUUCCCAAGACAUCCAAUACGGAAGCAACGCUUACGCAGACGAAGCGACGAGAAUUCCGUCCGCGAACAUCGACUUACAGGAGGCAUUCCGAAGUGCCAACCAGCCAGCUGGUGAUUCAGCCGCCGACGACGGUCGAGCAGACGACCGCCGGCGUAGCUAUCACCCCAAAGCCGACCAAGUAUCACGCUCAAGUUGAACCGAGCACUCGAUCUUUACCCUUUUCACGAUCUUCACUCGAUCCGUUAGUCAGCGUGAGGAUCGAUACCUCGAAUGAUACCAUCUCGCGAGCGUCCGGUAUCGCCGGAAGCAGCAAUGGCAAUAGCGGCAACUCCAACAUCUUCAACCCCACUAGGAGCACGUAUCUCACUGCGAAUACCACCACGCUGCUGGAGCAACUACGAAGCACCGUGGCACCGCUCUUAAACAAUUUAAGUGACAAGACCCCCAUCUUCUCCGGAGCCUAUUCUAAUGUGAAUACAGGGAAUUCAGUCCCCAGGAUAACACCAAACGGUUCCCCGCCGAGAUUCAGCGCGAGAUACAAAGGAGCAGAAUUGCUUGUAAGAAAACCGUCCGUUGGUCAAGCUGUGGUACCAUCGAUCACAACGUCAUCGACUACAGCUUCAACAUUAAUAGAGAAUUCCGGUUCGGCGCCACCCGUUACCAUCAACAGCCCCGGCGAGCCGAGAUUCAUCACUUUUUAUCAGGCGUUAGAGUCGGCUAGCAUAAGAAAUGAAAAUUUGGGCGCGGAAGACGUGUCUCAGCGGCAAAGACUAACUGGCGUGGUAACGAAGGUAGACCCUAACGCUACUGUACCUAACGGCGCCAGUAACGAUAUUGCUAACAACAAUGACACCAUUGCUCCAUCAAUCACCGCGACUACUAUUACUACAUCCUCCCCAGAUAUCACUACCGUAGACACUGCCACUGCCGUACAGUCGGCAAACAAUUCGCUCGCUUCAAUAUUAGGUGCCGAGAGUAGUACCGAUGGUAGUCCGGAAACCACCACGACAGUACAAACCCCCGCAAAUCCGGAUAUAAACGGAGGAGAAACGACUCCAGUCCCCACCUCGGAAACGCCCGGGUCGGAAACCACCGUCCCUGUUAACACGAUAACGAACACACCACCAUCCACCACUACUGAAACUGCCACGUCGACAAGCAUCGCCGAUAUAACUUUGGCAGCAGAAUCCUCCACAGAAUCCGUUCCUAACGUUCAAUUCACUGAACUGAGCACCAAAACCACGGAAGUAGCAAUGCUACCCAUCACUGAAACUGUGAACGCAAUAGUAUCCAUGCCAGCUUCUCAAAAUCUGCAAACAGUGAAUGAUACAUUGGAUACAACAAUACCAUCUUCAAUCACCAAGAGCGUUACCGUGAUUCACUUACCGGAAGCGACGACUAUACUCGCGAUGAACGACACGUCGGAGAGUAUUGAGACGAAUACCGUGCAACAAUCUGAGGAAACGACGCCUCGCCUAACAGAAACGACCUCGAUCAUAAUCGAGGAUAUAGAAACAAAUACCAUACAGCAGUCUGACACGAAUCCGUCUCAAACAACGGAAAUUACGAGCACUACUGAGUCAACCACGACCGAAGAGAUUUCGAAUGACGUAAUCGAAAUUCGUACGACAGCGAUACCCGCUUUCUCAACUACAUAUCGCACACGAUUAGUCGAUUACGCGCAAGAUAUUCUAUCAUUUUUAUCGCAAAAGGGGGCUACGACGAUUAACACACCGAUCCAAAAACCUAUCGCUACGACGACCGUCUCUCCCGAGCUGUCUAACGCGAUACCGGAUUCGUCGUCAACAAAUACAGAGAGCCCGGCGCAACCUGAAGAGACAACUACCAUACGGAUAGCUGGACCGGGUACCGACGAAACGACGGAAUCGUUCGAUGUAGAGUUCGUGUCGAUCACGACGGACGGAUCAGAAGAGACCAAUCGAAACACAGUAGGUGUGAAUACUAUGCUUCAGGGUCAAUCUAACGACCAAGGGAUAAACGCACAGAAUACACUGGACUCGAAUACAGCAACGGAACAAACAUUUUCGAGAACCGUAGGCGACGAGCGCAACACGGCAUCAGAUCCCGAAUCGACAACGACAGCUCAGGAUGCGCGAGCUCCAACGACAGAUGGAGAAGUUGCGACCACCACAAUGACACCGACCUCGCGACUCGUUGAGUCCGUUACGGAGAACGGUUCCCGAUCGUCUAAUGAUACGUUACUCGCUGAGCUAAUGACUAUCGCGAAGACUCUCUUUACGGAAGCGAUAAACGACACGCGACAGUUGGGUCAAACUGACGACACGGUAGGAAACGAUAGAAAUCGAACCGUGUUCAUGUUGAAUGUCACGUCAGAAGCUACCACUGCACCUUCCGAACUUUCAAAACCUUUAGAAAACACUACCGAACGUAUAGACGUUACAACACUCAUUGAUUUAUCCGGAAAUGAAAGAGGAGAUAAUUCUACCCGGGGCCCUGUUGUAGGAUCGAAUAUUUUGUUAGUGGAAUCUAACGCGCGACCCAUCGAUGUAGGUGAUGUUACCACAAUGUCCCUUUCGCAGAUGAAGACCGGAAUAUCAAACAUCACUACGGUUACGGCCAGCAUGAGUUCUGAACUAACUACUAAUACGCCUGACUCACAAUUAUCUAAUCCGAUUGAAUCAUCCAGUAACAAUACUGAACAACAAACUAUUACGACAGUUUCAAAUAACGAGACUCAGUUGUUGAAUCGGUUAUUAGAAUUCGCUACCAAUAAUCCUUUAGCGAGCUCUGUUACCGCGAAUACAGAGGGAAUGCUGUCCACGUUUGACGUAAACAAUUCCACGACGUCGGACAUGGUAACAGAAUUAACCACUAGUGUAGCUAUGACGGAAAUAAACGUUGUACAAACGAAUGCCGUAGAUACCACUAAUCAGACACCGAUACCCACCACGAUAAUGCCUGCAUCUGACCUACAGGUUACAAACGACCAAUCCCUCAUAGCAAAUGCAUCGGAUAUCACUACGACACUUCCAAUGGUAUCCGAUACGAGCAAUACUCAGCCAUUUGAUACAGAACCUUCCAUCACGGAAUCAGUUCGUAACUUAGUAGGCUUCACCGACACUACCACUAAUCAACUCAACGACAUAACAACAAACGCCCCUCAAAUGCUAACCGAUCUCGUAAGCGAGAUGCCAAAUUUUAUUGCCCGUUUACAGGAUACAACGUCAACAACAACCGCCCAAGGGACGGCUGGUUCGAGAAUCAUCCAACCUGAGCAAACGACCGAAAUCAUCAUCACUACCACCACCAUCGUUCCUAAUAUCACAACAUCUUCAACCGCAUCAACAACCGAUUCCACCACAUCCCCCGUAUCCUCUAUCAAUGCAUCAACCAACCCAUCCUCAUCAAUUGAAUCAAUAGCAACCACGACAACGGAGACCACGACGACGACGAUGACGACAUCGACGGAAGCGUUGUCGCGAUCCGAGCUCACUACCACUGUCGAAUCGACGUCCGAAAUGACGACUACGACUGCCGACAUAAACGAUAAUCUUGUUUCCACUGAGACAACGACUGAUACCUCGACUACGCGAGGCACGACAGUCGUUCCGACUGAAUCGGAGGAUCUGAACAUGAUAUCGAGGAUAAAUGGUGGAGAAGAAACGACGACAACAACAACAACGACAAGUGUUGCACCACCCACAAAUGGCACAAAUAAUACGUCAACCACAACAACCACGUCGACGACCGCACGGACUACUGUGCUAAAUCGAGUAUCACCAUUUCCGGCAUCUACACCUUUCCAACCAGGGCCCUAUCUGGGACGUUUCGGUGGCAGCCAAAUGACUCCACUUCCGAGACCCAGCUCCUCUAAGACUCCUGUUCGUGACUACUUGAUUUAUGGUAUUUAUCCUAACAAGACCAUUGUGCGAAAGCGGCCGGAAGACAAUGUGAUCGACGGCAGGAAUGUAGACAGCCCGUACGUGAUAUUCGGCAUCUUUCCGGACGGCAGACUGGUUCGGAAGUUUCCCAACGGAACGAUAAUACCGGAUUCGCCCAGGAACCCGGUCGAGGUUGUGUUCACACUUAGAACUACCACUACUACUAACCGACCAGCACCCAGGCCAUAUUAUAACCAGGCUAACCAAGCAGGCGUUUAUAACAACCAGUAUCAAGUCCCGGUGUACUAUAGUAACGGUAGACCUAUGGAUGACCUGACGAGAGGCGCACAGAGCCCCGGAUCCUUUGAUUUUGGACUUAUUGGUAAUGCGAUCGGCGUUACCCCUGGAGGCCCUAAUUUCACGGGACCAUUUGGUCCCCCUGCUAGCGUCCCAAGCACAAACAAAAUGAACGAUAUUUUAUUAAAUUCUCAAAUGGGUACGUUGCCGAACUCAUUCGGUAAUCAGAGUAGCAGUCAAGUACAAGGUCCUCCAAGGAUCAUCCAGGAUCGCGAAAGAAACGAAGCUUCUCGGACAAGAGUGACAUCUGGUCAAAAUAGCGCUGUAUAUAUCGGACAGGAUAAAUUUAUUAAUUAUCAGAUUGAUGGUGCACCUGAUAUCAAUCCAAAAGUCGUUGAUGUAAGAAUAAAUUCAGUGGCUACUUCUGUGAACGAAGGCACGGCAUCAUCUACAUCAUCGAAUCCGUCUUUUGAAAAUUUACUGAACAAUCAAUCUGGUGGUAAUAUAAUAACAGCACCUCCUGGUUUCCCUUGGAGAGACCCUCUUGAUCAGAUAUUUGGUAUCACUACCAACUCACCUAUGCAAACAGCAUCUGUGGCAUCAAAUCAACUAGACGAGCCAAUCGGAAACAAUGCACCGAUUGUGUCACGUGUAAAUUCCAUGGUGGAAGUUUUCACACCAAUAGUAAGCACUGCAGUAACAUCUCCAUCCCCAAUCACUACAACUACUGCUAGUACUACUACACCUACUACUACUACUGCCAGUACCACCACUCCUACUACUACUACCAGCACUACCACUCCUACUACUACUAGUACUACUACACCUACUACUACUACUGUCAGUACCACCACUCCUACUACUACUAGUACUACUACAACGCCGGCACCAACAACAACUCCAACGACGACUACUGCCGCUAUCACCACCACCACCACUACAACUACCACAACUACUACUUCAACGACUCCUGCAACGACCACAAGUCAAACGACAACGCCAGCACGUAUAGGAUCAGUUCCACCGUCAACUACCGCAUCGACAAUAUCUACGAAUAAUAUAUUAAGCAGAUUACAAGCGAAUACAGUGGAGAAUCCCUUUGGUAGCACGUACGGGGAUUUGGCUUUCCUGAAUUCAUUGUUACAAAACAACAACGAUGUUAAGUCCACUACGCCGAAAACGUUAAGUGAAGUAGAGCAAUUAUUAGCAAACAGGAUUUUGUCGCUUGCACUGGCUAAUCCUGGGCCAACGAGAUCGCCAAAAGCGAUUCAAACCGCGAAUUCGAAUGCGAAUGUGAAUGUAAUUAAGAAUCCAUCAAAGAGCACGUCAUUCGGAUUGUCUUCCGAACCAAUAAUAAUCGACUUAUUACCGUCAAGCGUAUCCAGCAGCACAUCAUCUACGAAGAAGUAUACUGAAACACCCGCACCGACUAAAGCACCAGUCGUUAUCACUGCCAAGCCUAAGACGACAGCCAGACCCAAAACUACUACCCCUCGAGCGUCUGUAGGAUUUGGUUCGGGUUUAUGGCGAGCGUUGUUUGGCAAUAACUUUUUCGACGCAACCACUGCAGCAAGCGCUGUAAAAAGGAAACCCACGACUAAGGCGACUCAAAAACCUGCUAGCUCCACCCAAGCACCAGCGCAGAUCAUCAAGUCGACGCUUACGAAUCACGUAAUGACCUCGAUCAAAUCACCAACGACGCCAAGAAAUAUAGAUAUUUCGGACAUUCAUGUAGCUUCGAGCACAUCGCUCGCAGACAAUAUCAUUUCCGCAUCAACGCCAAGUACGAUUUCAACUACGCUCUUAAAUAAUCCUAGAUUGAGAGACGUCUCCACGUCCAAGUAUUCAUCCGAGGACGACGCGAAAUUCUUGGCUGCGCUCCUGCAAGCAGUACAAACGGCAGAAACGAGAACGAGUACUUCGGCGACAACACGAUUAAAUGAGGAUGAUGAAGCCUUUUUGAGAGCGAUUUUAAAUAAUCAGGCUAGCAUUUCUACCACAACAUCGUCAUCUAACGAAGUGAAUCCUGCUGCUUUGCUGGCUCUACUUUUAAAACAACAAGGAAUAGAACCCACAACGCCAGCAACAAAACUUAGAGAACAAUUACAAUUAUCAAGUCAAGAUCUGCUUACGCCAGAUGCAACUUCGACUACGACUCGACCAACAACCACUAGACCGAUCACCAUAGCGAAGCAAGUAGUGACAUCGAGACCUUCUGCGAGACCAAGACCAACAGAGAAUAUACUACAGACUACGACAUGGGCUCCAAGUUCAACAUAUCCGCCUCCUCUUUUCGGAGGAACUGGAUCGGGUAGUGGGCUGGUUACCGCUACUAGAGCCAUAGGCAGAUUCCUUGGCGCUGCCAUUUCGGGUGCAGCUCAACAGUUACAAUCUUUACUAAGAAAUAGUACCAGAAGCGCAGCCGGAUAACAUUAAAGUGGAAAAGGAUAAUAUACAUCAAUUUUCAAUCAACCUGAGAACAAAUAUCAGGAUUGAGAUAGUUAUUAAUUAAUAUCGUGCUUGCUGUUGAAAGUGCAUAUAAUGGCAACAUGGAAAUCGACAAAACGCUAGGAAAGUUCAAUCAAGACAACAGGAAACUUGCUCAAUUAUUAUGAGGACUAUUAAUAAUUAGAUGAAUAAGUCUCAAAAUCAUAUUUAAAAAAAUUUUUUCCUAAA